AAAAGGGAAGUUGGAGGGGUGCGGUUGUGGCCGGCGUGUGCGGUAAUGCCCGUUCCACAGCUCUUGGUGCUUUUUGGCAGCCAGACUGGCACAGCCCAGGAUGAGGCGGAGAGGCUGGGCCGCGAGGCUUGGCGCCGGCGGCUAGAUUGCCGCGUGCAGGCGCUGGACUCUUAUUCCGUGGCGAAUCUUAUUAGGGAGCCCCUGGUGAUAUUUGUAUGUGCGACCACAGGCCAAGGAGACCCUCCUGACAACAUGAAGAACUUCUGGAGGUUCAUAUUCCGGAAGAGCCUGCUGUCCACUUCCCUCCGUCAAAUGGAUUUUGCUGUCCUAGGCCUCGGGGACUCUUCAUAUGCCAAGUUCAACUUUGUGGCCAAGAAGCUACAUCGCCGGCUGCUGCAGCUAGGGGGCAACGCCCUUCUUCCCCCAUGUCUAGGUGAUGACCAGCAUGAACUGGGGCCUGAUGCUGCCAUUGACCCUUGGUUGAGAGACCUUUGGGAGAAGAUAAUGGGUCUUUACCCAGUACCCCUUGACUUUCCUGAGAUCCCUCCUGGAGUCCCCUUACCCUCCAGGUACAUCUUCGAGAUUCUUCAGGAUGUCACCAGUAUAGGGGCUGAGGAGCUGAACAUAACCAGCUCAGCCCCUCAGGGACCCCCAUCAGAGUUACAGCCAUUCCUAGCACCUGUGGUCACCAACCAGAGGGUCACUGGCCCUCGACAUUUCCAGGAUGUUCGGCUAAUUGAGUUUGACAUUACAGACUCGAAUAUCAGUUUUGCUGCUGGUGAUGUCGUAUUAAUUCUACCCUCUAACUCAGAGGCCCACACCCAACAGUUUUGUCAAGUACUGUGCCUGGACCCCAAUCAGAUUUUCAUGCUUAAACCACGGGAGCCAGGUGUCCCUAGCCCACCAGGGCUGCCUCAACCCUGCACUGUGUGGCAUCUUGUGUCACAGUAUUUGGACAUUGCCAGCGUACCCCGCCGUUCCUUCUUUGAGCUCUUGGCUUGUCUCUCCCCACAUGUGCUGGAACGGGAGAAGCUGCUAGAAUUCUGCUCUGCCAGAGGUCAGGAAGAGCUCUGGGAGUACUGUAAUCGACCCCGCAGGACCAUCUUGGAGACUCUCUCUAUCCAGGUACUGUGUGACUUUCCCAACACAGCAGGUGCCAUUCCUCCAGACUACCUUUUGGACCUCAUCCCUCGGAUCCGACCACGGGCCUUCUCCAUUGCUUCCUCCUUACUGGCUCAUCCCAGGAGGCUGCAGAUCCUUGUGGCUGUGGUAGAGUACAAGACUCAUCUCAAGGAGCCCCGCCGUGGCCUCUGCUCCUCUUGGCUAGCAUCCCUAAAUCCUGGGCAAGCAGGACCUGUCCGGGUGCCUCUGUGGGUGAGGCCUGGGAGCCUAGUGUUCCCAGAAACACUAGACACACCCAUUAUCAUGGUGGGGCCUGGAACUGGUGUGGCCCCCUUUCGAGCAGCCAUUCAAGAGCGAGUGGCCCAUGGCCAAACUGGAAAUUUCUUGUUCUUUGGCUGUCGCCAGCGGGAUCAGGAUUUCUACUGGCAGACUGAGUGGCAGGAGCUAGAGAAGAAGGGCUGCCUGACACUGGUUACAGCCUUCUCCCGGGAACAGGAGCAGAAGGUGUAUGUGCAGCACCGGCUCCGAGAGCUGGGGCCACUUGUCUGGGAGCUUCUGGAUCUCCGCGGUGCCUACUUCUACCUAGCAGGCAAUGCUAAGUGUAUGCCUACGGACGUUGCGGAAGCCCUGAUAUACAUUUUUCAAGAAGAAGGAAAACUCUCCAACGCCGAUGCAGCUGCCUACCUUGCCAGGCUCCAGCACACACUGCGCUUCCAGACUGAGACCUGGGCCUGAGGAGCCACUUGCUAGCUCACACCCACACUAGGAGCUGCACUGGAGAGCCUACUAAAGUCUAGAGGGCCCCUUUGUCAGGCCCUGUUUUGUCUCUGAUCCCAGAACACUUGUUAAGACACAUGGUAUAGCUUUUUGGUUCCAGCUGACCAUGUGGGCUCUCCCUGCAUACAGGCAAACUUGGGGAUACCCAGAGUCUCACACUUAGCCCAACUCCAGUGCAGCCUGCACUCCUGGCUUCCUCAGUCCCUUCAUUCUGCCCCAGAUCUGCACUAUGGACCAUAACACCAAGGGCCUGCUAAACUUUCCAAGAAGCAUGGAACCCUAUGAGGGCUGCACUGCCACCUCUAACCUAAUGCUAUUUCCAUUCAUCCUGUGUACCUGUGCCUCCAGGGGUCAAGUCUCCUGAGCACUGAGAAUGGGCAAAUCAGUUUGCCUUCAGGUCCAUAAACAUCUUCCAUAAACUGUGUGGGUAGCUGCUCA